UUUUAACGUGACCCGGAAGUGUUUUUAUUUACACCGGAUAUAGAGCUUGUCAAUGUGACCUGCCUUUACUCGCACACAGUUAUGUUUUAAUAGACGAGAUUAGAUAAAUACUUAGAAAAUGUUUCUCACCACAGUAAACUUGGCGAAGGCAAAAUCCAAGACCAUCCUGGUGCAGAUGGUGAGUGCUGCAGGGACCGGAUACUUCUUCAACACAAAGAGGAACCGACUCAGAGACAAACUGGUGCUGCGCAAACAUGAUCCAUUUGUGAACAAGCACGUCCUGUUUUUUGAGAAGAGGAAGAUCAGAUCGAUUUAACCGCAGCACACCAACACACACAGAUGGACAAAAUGAACUUGCAGAGGUUUAAAGGCAUCGUUUUUAUUGCCGGGGAUGGUACAGCGGGUUAAUCGGAUGGCUGACGUGUUUAUCAGAGGAUUUCUUCCUGGAUGGAUAAAAGUGGAACUCCAGGCUUGAACAAAACAGACUUAAAACCAGAAAAGUGAUGUUAUGUAAGGGGACCACCGCUGCCAUGAUCUGAAGCUGUUCAUUGGUUCAAAAUAUUUAUUUAAUUGGGUGAAUGUACUUUGUGAAACAUUUGUUGUGGUUAAUUCAAAUAAAAUAAUCUCAAUGAUUAA